GGCGGCCUGACUUCGGUGACGAAGCAGACACAGAAAGACAAAGUCCAUUUGGAUGGAAGUGGGAGCUCAGUGAGAGGGGCCAUUUUGACUCUGGUGACGGGAAAUGACUGGUCUGGCGCGGCCUGGGAGCGGGGCACCCAGGGUCUAAGGAUAACUCUGGGGCCAUCAUGGUCAUGAUUCUCACAGAAGACCCUGAGAUUUCUGUACUUGAGCAGUGUCAGGUGCCACCAGACUCCUUCUGAGACCCUUGCCCUAGAGGAUGGCCAAGGGGCUCCUGGUGACCUAUGCUCUUUGGGUUGUAGGGGGUCCUGCUGGGCUCCACCACUUGUACCUGGGAAGGGACAGCCAUGCCCUGCUCUGGAUGCUUACCCUGGGUGGGGGUGGGCUGGGCUGGCUCUGGGAGUUCUGGAAGCUCCCAAGCUUUGUAGCUCAGGCCAACAGAGCCCAGGGCCAGAGGCAGAGCCCAGGAGGGGGGACACCCCCUUUGAGUCCCAUUCGCUUUGCUGCUCAGAUGGUAGUGGGCAUCUAUUUUGGCCUUGUGGCUCUGAUUAGCCUUUCUUCCAUGGCCAACUUCUACACUGUGGCCCUCCCACUGGCAGUUGGCUUAGGGGUCUUGCUGGUGGCUACUGUUGGCAACCAGACCUCAGACUUCAAGAACACUCUAGGAGCAGCAUUCCUUACUUCCCCUAUCUUCUAUGGCCGCCCCAUAGCCAUCCUACCCAUCAGCUUGGCUGCCAGCAUCACGGCCCAGAAGCAUCGCCGCUACAAAGCUUCAGUGAAGUCAGAGACACUCAGUGUGCGGCUCUACCGGCUAGGCUUGGCUUACCUUGCUUUCACGGGCCCACUGGCAUACAGCACCCUCUGCAACACAGCUGCCACCCUCAGCUAUGUGGCAGAAACCCUUGGCUCCUUCUUGAAUUGGUUCAGCUUCUUCCCCCUUCUUGGCCGCCUCAUGGAGUCUGUCCUCCUUCUGCCUUAUCGGAUCUGGAGGCUACUGGUGGGGGAUCCCGGCUUCAACAGCAGCUACUUCCAGGAGUGGGAGAAGCUCUAUGAGUUUGUUCAAAGUUUUCAAGAUGAGAAGCGUCAGCUGGCUUACCAGGUUUUGGGCCUCUCAGAAGGGGCAACAAAUGAAGAAAUACAUCGGAGUUACCGGGAGCUGGUAAAGGUCUGGCAUCCUGACCACAACCUGCACCAGACAGAGGAGGCACAGAGGCACUUCCUGGAAAUCCAGGCUGCAUAUGAAGUCCUGAGUCAGCCCAGGAAGUCCAAGGGACCCUGAAGGUGAGAAGAGACUUCCCCCCUAAGGAAGUCUCUUCCCAGCAGAGUUGGGCAGCUUGUCUGAAGUCUAGCUUUGCCCAUGAGGGGCAUUCCAGUAGCAUUAAAGAAACUAUCUGCUUGCAGUGGAGAUGAGAAAACCUUAAAGGGGUAAGAAAGAUUAUGAUAGAAGAAUGUAUUUAUGUUCUGAAUUUCUAAAUUCUUACCUAUUAUAGUCUUGACUAUUUUUCUUAAAACCAGAGAGUGAAAAGCAUAUUAUAAAGCCAGUAACAUAUCUUUUAGAGUAGGGGUCCCCAACCUUUUGGCACCAGGAACUGGUUUCAUGGAAGACAAUUUUUCCACAGACAGGGGUGAGGGUGGCUGUGGUGGAGGUCUGCAGCCCUGUCCCUAACAGGUGUACCAGUCUGCGGCCUGGGGGUUCGGGACCCCUUUUUAGAGUAUAUGCAAAUAUUAUAUAUCAAUUUAAAAAGUUAGAAAAUCUACCUAUCUAUCUAUCUUAGCAAAUAUACCACUUUGUCCCACAUCUGAUACAUUGAUGGGUGGAGGAAGGUUAUUUAACCUUUUUUUUUUUUAAUGUGUAAAGUACUAGGUUAGGAGAUUGAAGGAAAAAUAUAAAGUCUUUAAUAUUUUACAAGCUGUCCUAUGACAAGAGGAAUUUGAUUUAUUCCGUAGAUUACUAAGGGGUAAGAUUGGGGUUAAAUUUUAAAAUUUCAAAAAAAAUUGAAUUCUGUUUAUAGGAGAGCUUUCUAGCAGCUACCCUUUUCCCAAGAAGGAACAAGCUGCUGUGGAGUAGGGGGUAGUCCCCCAUCACAGAGUCCUCUGCUUGGAGGAGUAUUUUUGGAGAGUUCUCAAAUUUUACAUAGGUGGUUUGACUGGUUGGAUUCUCAAGUCUGCCAAUACUUGAGGUCUGAUUCUGAGCUACACACCCUGCUCCCUAGCAGCACACAGUCUGCUGGGGUAUAACACCCCAUCACAGAUAUCAAAGGUACACAGAUAUCAAAGUCCUUGUUCAGUGUUUUGAACCAAGUGUCGUAAGAGCUGUAAAUAAUGUAUUGCAAUAUUGGAGGAGGACAGAUAACAUUGUUUUAUGGGGGCUCCUGGAAAGAUUAGUGAUUUUAUAGCUUGUGUAUCCCUGGGGAACUUUGGGGAAACCCUAGGGAACCAGCAUCUCGAAGGGGCCUUAUUUAAUUUUAGGUAACUAGCCAGGUGUGAGAGAAGGAGCCCAGGAUGUCUCAGUUUUCUGAGGAAGACUGGAGACCAAGAAAAUGAUAUCAAAAUUACUUAUCCUGAUUACAACUCUUUUUUAUGUGUGUACAAUUUCUAUGCUUUUUUUUCUGUUUUCUGGAUGUUAACGAGUAGUGUAUAUAUAUAUAAAAUAUAUUUUUUAAAGUAGAAUUA